AUGCGUGCGAGUCGUUGGAGCCUGGCAGGGCUUGCUGCCUGUGUGCUGGCGGCACCCGCGCUGGUCGGAGCCGCCACGCUGGAGCAGUGCGUCUCGUUCGUGUCGCUGUUUGACCUGGAUGACGUCCCGGACGAGCUUCAGAAGACAGUGACGCGGUGCAUUACGGGGCAGGAGGACUGCUGCUCUGUGAUCAACCUCGCGUUCAGCUACGGCCCUCUCGGCGGCUGCUUCUGCCACGAAGACUUCCCCGCGGCCCUCCUCGACAGCGUCGGGUUCCCGCCCCUCUUCGGCAGCGUCCUCGAGAAGCGCGUCUUCGCGUGCGACGUCCCUCGCCCGGAGGAGCCAGGAUGCGUCGGACGCACCGGCCCGGGUCCGUGGAACGCAGCCAGGGACGACGACGCGCGAGCGGUGUCGUGGACGUCGCCCGGCCCGCUCGGGAAGACCUUCCAGCUGCGCUGGCGGGGCUUCCUGCCCUUCUCCGGCAACGGUCAGACCCGCAUCGGAUUCGGUCUUCGUCCGAAGCGUACUGAUGGGCUGGACGACGCUCUCAGGGCGCUUCCCCGCGGGUCCUGGAUGGCGCGGACGCGCUCCACGUGGGCUGCCGCGCGCAGUGCUGCGGUGCGGCGCUGGACGGGCUGGCGCGUGGGGAUGCUUGGGCGCGUGCGCCGCGACUACGCGCCGAUCGUGGACGUGUGCCGGAGCACGUGGCUCGGCAAGUUCACGGUGGCGCUCGUCGAAACCAACUGA